UUUGUUAAAUAUUCAAUAGGUGUUUGAAAUCAUUCCUGAAGAGGAUAUAAAAAUUGGAAAUGGAAGUGAAAAUUCAUUGAAAAGUUCAAGUCUUUUAACAAGUUUUUUACAAACAAUGUGGAGACAAACAAUGCCACUAUUCCGAAAAAAUCUACUACUCUCCACUGCAAUAGCUUGUACAAUUCAAUUUUGUAUAUACAUCACUAUGCAUGGAAUGUUUAUGUGGUUUCCAUUUAUUUCUCAUAACAUGGUGGAGUUUAGAAAUAAUAAUCCAUUAAAUUCAUCUAGAAUUUGUGAUGUUAUUAAUGCUAAGAUUCAAUUUGAAGAUAAUUCGCAAAAAAUUGAUGGCGUUAAGCAUUGCACUGAAAAACUUGAAAAUGGAACUUUUCUUUUGACGAUGUUGAUGGAAUUUGUUUAUGGCUUGGGAUUUAUUGUUGUUGGUUUUGUCCUCCAAAUAGUCAAAAAAGUUCAUAUUUUAUUUUUCAUACUCUUUGCAUUUGGAACUUGUGGAAUUUUGAUAAAUUUCAUUUAUGAUACAACUUUGGCCUUAGUUGUAUACAAUAUGCUAUUUCUAUGCGGGGUUGGAAUUCAAGUAUUAAGCGAAAUAGUUGUAGAUUUGUAUCCAACAAAUUUAAGAGCUAUGGCACUUUGCAUCUCUUUGAUGUUUGGUCGUUUGGGUGGUGUCUUUGGAGCUUAUAUGAUUGCAUUGCUAUUGGCUACCAACUGCGAGAUGACUUUCAAUAUUGCUGGAAUGGGCUUAGUGGUUUCGGCAUUUUUAACAUUUUUAAUUCCAAAAGUGAAAAAUUUGGAAAACAAACCAGUUGUUGGGUAGUGAUAUUGAUUGCUAUGUAGAAAACAGUUGUAUGUUAUAUAAGUGUUAGAAAUUCCUACGUCCAUAAUUAUGCCAUUAAUACUGUUUUAAGAUAAAUAAAGUAUUUUUUUUAA